UAACCUCAAAAGAGUUCACCAAACCAACACCUUUCAAAAUGCAAACAUCCUUAACCUUUGCUGCCCCCAACGUUGUGCCUUUGGCACAAACAAAGAGUUUCUCCCAUGUUGCCAUCUUCCCUACCAAUUUGAAAGCCCCACGCUCUUCACCUCGUUACUCUCCGAUCAGGGUUGCAAUCGUGGAGCCUGACACUUCAACUGUGGACUACAACUCUGCGUUCUCAGUGUUUCCAGCGGAAGCAUGCGAAACUGUUGGAGGGGAAGCCUGCAUGGCAGAAAUGUACCCUGAAGUGAAGCUACAGCCAGAAGCUAAGACACCACGAGUUGUUACAGAGAACGUUGAGAGAGAGUAUCUUGAAUACGAUGAUCCUAAAACGGUAUUUAGAGGAGAGGCUUGUGAUGAUCUUGGAGGAACUUUUUGUGAGACCGAGUAUCAGAAGGGUGUCUACUAGAGAAAAAAGAAAACCCUUUUUAUUGCCAUGGCUACUGCGUUUUUAAUGUCUACCAGUAAUGAUUGUAGUGGUGAAUGUACAUAGGUAUAGGCUAUGGAUCUCAGUUUAUAUUGAGUUUCAUUUUCGCUAUAAACUUUACAAUAAUUAUAUACUAAAUUUGGUAGCUCCGUCCUCUCUUCUUGACUAAUUUGAAAAUAAAUAAAAUACAAUUAAUAAAA